AUGCCACCAAGCGAAAUCAACGAGAAACGAGAAACAUUUGAUCUACAUUUGGACCGGUCUGAGGGUGAUAUUUGCCAGACUGCAGCGCAUGAAGGCGGCAGUCUCGAAAUUGGAGCGCUAGAGAGAGACAUGGCAUCAGGCUCGGCUCGUUACAAGGGACUCUUGAUAUUAUACUUCAUCUCGUCAUCCGCUUUACCCUCAGCAAAUUUGCCCACGGCACCGGGAUUAGGAACGAAAUGGUCUGGCCACGAGAAGCAGCCGGAUCAGAAAAGUGCAGACAGCAUCAGCAGUAGCAGCGCAGUCCAUGAGACGCCAAAAGCUUCGCAGGCUCCGACAACGUCAAAGCCUGAGGCAGCGUUGACUCCUGCCACUACCCCUGCCCCUGGCGAGCGAAUGAAUGCAACUUUUGUGACACUUGCUAGAAACUCGGAUAUUUGGGACAUCUCGAGAUCCAUCCGACAGGUCGAAGACAGAUUCAACAGGCAGUACAAUUACGACUGGGUAUUCCUGAACGACAAGCCGUUUGAUGAGGAAUUCAAGAAGGUGACCACGUCUUUAGUGUCAGGCAAGACGCAUUAUGGCGAGAUCCCAGAAGAGCAUUGGUCAUUUCCUUCGUUCAUCGACCAAGAUAAAGCUCGAAAAGUGCGCGAGGACAUGGCGCACCGCAAAAUUAUCUAUGGCGACUCGAUUAGCUAUCGGCACAUGUGCCGCUUCGAAAGUGGAUUCUUCUUCCGCCAUGAACUGAUGAAUAAAUUUGAGUACUACUGGAGGGUAGAGCCAAGCAUUGAGCUGUUCUGCGACAUCCAUUACGAUCCGUUCAAGUACAUGAAGGACCAUGGUAAGAAGUACAGUUUUGUCCUCAGUCUAUACGAAUAUGUGGAGACUAUUCCAACUCUGUGGGAUAGUGUAGUCUCGUUCAUGAAGAAGCACCCAGAACACAUUGCAGAGGAUAAUUCAAUGGGCUUCCUUAGUGAUGACGAUGGCAAGACGUACAACCACUGUCAUUUUUGGUCCAACUUCGAAAUCGGCAACCUCAAUUGGCUCCGCUCACAAGCUUACCUCGACUACUUCAACUCACUGGAUCGUGCCGGCGGAUUCUUCUAUGAGCGCUGGGGUGACGCUCCAGUCCAUUCUAUUGCUGCAGCCUUGAUGCUCAAAAAGGAUGAGAUCCACUUCUUCAACGACAUCGCUUAUUAUCAUGUUCCAUUCACGCACUGUCCGACUGGCGAUGCCUUGAGGGAAAAGCUCAAAUGCCAUUGCAAUCCUGACAAUAAUUUUGAUUGGAAAGGGUAUUCAUGUACUUCUAGAUUUUAUGAUCUCAACAAAAUGGAAAAGCCCGAGGGCUGGGAAGCUGAGUCAGGAUGA